ACAGAGAUAGCGACAUCGAUUGCGAGAUUACAGGCAGUUUCUGCACAUCAGCGGCCAGAAACUGUACGGACUUCAGGCGAGACUUCCAGCCGGAGUAGUCAAAGCAUCAUUGAAUGCACUGUGUGCUGGGAACCUUUCACGACUCAUGAGGAAGUACGGGAACAUAUUUGGGCCUUUCAGACACGCUUCGCGGCCUUAUUUUCUCAAAUCCACGCCCUCCUCCUCCAUCAGCAGCUCGAGUGUAAGAACAGCGAACCACAAGACUCUGGUAAUGACUUUGAGGAUGUCUCCGACGACUCCGACAGAGGUCAGCAUCCGUCGAUAGAGAUGCCAAGCGGGUGCCCGCACAACGACUGCGCUAGCUCAAAUAGGCUUUUCAAAAGAAAGCAGGAACUCACGCGGCACUUUGGAAGGCAUUAUAUCUGUAAGGAAUUCUGCCCGUUUUGCACAACCACCUUCACUCAAGCGAGUAAGUUUUGGACGCACAAAUGUGCAAGAAUUGGGCCGACAAGUCAAAGGAAAUUCAUCAAGAAACGUUGUCUGGAAUUACGACGCAUGGCAAGGAAAGAGUUAUUUGCAGUAAAACAAAAGAGACAGGCAUCACCUGCGACAGGUCGUGGACUUCAUGCAACACAGAACACUGAGCCAGCAAUCGCUCAAAUAGCCGGGGAAGAAUUUCACGGAGAUCUCGCUCAAGUGCAACCUAUCCCGGCCAAUGGGCCUGUGCAUCAGGCAACGGCACUUCGAGACAGCGCGUAUAUGCAACCAAAUUCAGCAAGCCAGCUCACGACUAUGAUCGGCCCCGAUCACAAUUGUUUAUCCUUCGGAGUUGUCAACCAGUCGCCACCACCUCAUUCGCAGCAUCGCCAGACUCCCAUCUGGUUUGAUGGCAGGUGCAGCUCAGACCGACCUGGGCAACUACAUAUUAUGUCGACUCCGCUGUGGCCCAUGAGCAACAUGACCACGAGCAACCAGGCCCUAUCGUUCGGCGUAGAAGCAACGUCGCUCGUGGGAUUCUCUGACUCAGUGGAAGUGUUCCAACAAAUGGAUCCCGCGGCAUACUUGUAG